GCAAAAGUGAGAGUUGAACCACUAAACAAACACAUCCCUAGUUAAUGAGAAUAUGAUAUCCAAGUAACCAAACACACCCGCCGAGAAUGAUCCCGCGCUAAUUCGAAGACGGAGACAACCAAACGCCAUAGUAGUGCCGAGGCGGUGACGAUGGAUCCCAUCAUCCUCUCCGACGAAGAAGACCCUUCAACGCCGUUCCCGCUCCGUCCCAAGAAACGCCGAACCGAACCGGAUCCAAACCCAAACCCAAACCGCACCGUCUUCGUCAUCGACGAUGACCCAACCCCUCACAAAUCCGCCACACCUUCUAUCGUUCCCGAGACUCCAAUGUCCGCGCUAUUCGAUUCCGACAUUGCAAUCGUCAAAUGCACCAUACCUUCCGAUCCCACCGCUAGGGUUUCCCCCAAAAAAUUCUCUGCCCCUUCAGGGAUUAGUCAAAUGAUAUGUUUGGAAUCGGAUAAUGAGUCGGAAAAUUGUGGAAUGGGCACACGGGACAAAAAUGAGCCAAGAGAUUCUAGAUGGAUUUCAAAUUCAAUGGGGUCUGGAAGUUCUCCUGGUAUAUGCUUGGAAUCAGAUAACGAGUUAGAAAAUUGUGGAAUGGACAAACCGGUUGAGAAUGAACCAAGAGAUUCAAGAUGGACUUCAAAUUCAAGGGAAUCUGGAAGUUCUCCUCAUAUAUGUUUGGAAUCAGAUAAUGAGCUAGAAAAUUGUGGAAUGGGUGAACGAGGUGAGAAUGAACUAAGAGAAUCAAGAUGGACUUCAAAUUCAAUGGGGUUUGGAAGUUCUCCUGAGAGGCAUAUUUCGUGGGGAAAUGCUACUCAAACUGAAAUGCCUGGGGAUGACCUUUCAAAUCCAGCCUCUUCACAAGUGGAAAAUAUGAACAUGCAGCAAGAGGAGAACGCCAAUAAUAUUAAAAAAUCCAAAGUUUCUGCAAAGAACACAACCAAGGCAGUGGGAAAAACAAAAAUGACAAAAGAAGAAAGAAGUCGCUUGAUGGAGGAAAAGAAACUACAGAAAGAACAAGAGAAGUUAAAAAAAGCUGCUCUGAAGGCUGAAGCUGCAGAACUGAAAAAAAUUGAAAAAGAAAAGCAAAAGUGGGAAAAAGGGAAGUUUGCAAUGAAAUCUAUAGUGGCAGAAAUUGAUGCAAAGGUGGUUGAAUUAGGUUCAAUUGGAGGACAUCUGCUUACUAGGUUUGCUGAAAAAGGACUUACAUACCAUAUUACAUCAAAUCCAAUCACAGGGUCAAUUUUGUGGUCUAUGAAAGUUCCAGAACAUAUUUCACAGCUUUCUACUGAAAGAAUUGAGAUUCCAUAUAUCUUGCUCGUUUAUGAGGCUGACAAAUUUUGUAACCUUGUCAUGAAUGAUUCUCUUUUUGAUCAACUCUCUAGCAUUCAAAGUCUUUAUCCAGCUUAUACAGUUUGUUACCUCACCAAUAGGUUAUUGGCUUAUAUUAAUAAAAAGGAACAGGAAAAAUAUAAGAACCCUGAGAACAAUAGUUGUUGGAGACGUCCACCUGUAGAGGAGGUUCUGGCAAAACUAACGACUAAUUUCAACAAAGUACACUCCAGGCAGUGUGCAGAUGAGGCUGAACUGGCUGAACAUGUUGUCGGUUUGACAUGUAGCCUAGCAUCUUGUCAGUUUAGAAAGAAGUUAUCCCGAUUGUCUGUAAAUGCAAAUGGAGCCCUUAUUCCAAAGGACUACGUUGACCGGAAUUUGAUAAAGAAAUCUUUGUGGUUAAAAGCUUUGGUUGCUAUGCCCAAGGUACAGCCACGAUUUGCUAUUGCUAUUGGGAAGAAAUACCCAACCAUGAAGUCCCUGUUAAGUGUUUAUAUGGAUCCAAGUAAAUCGGAGCAUGAGAAGGAAUUUUUACUUCAAGACUUGAUGACCGAAGGUUUGCUUGGUGGUGACAGAAGGCUAGGUGAGGUGUGUUCAAAGAGAGUAUAUAGAAUUCUAAUGGCGCAAAGCGGAUGCAUUAGAACAGAUGAUGUCGAGAAUGGUGCUGAUUUCUUUGAACGUCAAUCAUGAAGAGCUUUGUCCUUGUAUGUAAACUGUGUUUAAGAAAGGGUGCUACAUGUGAAUAUGCAAGGGUGACAACCUUUUAGAUGUUUAAUGGAUUUUACAUUUUAUAAGAAAUUAAAAUCCGUUAUUAUUUUAUAUAAGUGAUAAACUAUUUUGUUACAUUUUGUCGUCACUAUUAAUGAAGUUAUAGUGGUGGUUA